AUGGCAGAUCGUGGCGGUUUCGGUCGAGGAUUUGGGCGUGGUGGUCCCCGGGGACGUGGCAGAGGACGUGGCCGUGGCCGAGGCCGUGGCACUGCCGAAGAUGACUUGAAAGACUGGGUCCCAAUUACGAAGCUCGGUCGCCUUGUGCGUGCCGGGAAGAUUACCUCUAUUGAGGAAGUGUACCUUCAUUCGCUUCCCGUAAAGGAGUUCCAAAUCAUCGACCAUUUCUUCCUUCCUGAGGUCACCUCACGCCCAUUGAAGGACGAAGUGAUGAAGAUCAUGCCCGUCCAGAAACAGACGCGUGCUGGACAGAGGACUCGUUUCAAGGCUUUUGUGGCCAUUGGUGAUGGCAAUGGGCAUUGCGGUCUCGGCGUGAAGUGCGCCAAGGAAGUUGCAAGCGCUAUCCGCGGUGCUAUCAUCGCUGCAAAGCUGAGCCUUAUCCCUGUCAGGCGCGGCUACUGGGGAAACAAGAUCGGCGACCCUCACACAGUUCCCAUGAAGGUCUCUGGAAAGUGCGGAUCUGUCCGCGUCCGCCUCAUUCCUGCCCCCCGCGGCACUCACAUUGUCGGCGCCCCAACUACGAAGAGGAUCCUGGCUUUUGCAGGAAUAAAAGAUUGCUUUUCUAACUCCAACGGUUCAACGAAGACUAGGGGCAACUUCAUGAAAGCACUUUUCGAUGCUUUGAAGCAAACUUAUGGGUACCUGACUCCGGACCUGUGGAAGCCAAGACUUUACACGAAGUCACCGUUCCAGGAAUGGUCUGACUUCCUUUCUGGAACGAAGGAUGCUAUCGUAGCCGCAUGA